AUGUAUCAUCUUUCCCUUGAUUCUUUUUUCGAACAUUUGAUUGUUUGGCCGCUUGAUGAAGUUAUUACUUCUUUCCUGAGUUAUUUAACUCUAUUUCUAAUUCUACUUGACGAGUUUAACAACAUGAGACUACUCUGUCUACUGUUUUCCACUCUAAAGCGCGUUUUACUUUUGGCGGGGAUGGUUGUUACGGCGUUAGUAUUGGCAUACGCUGUCUGGCUAUACGUUGCUAAUGCUGCUGGAGCGGUGGACGCUGGUGGGGGACAAGACCCUGGUUGGGGAGGUGGCGGAUACCAGCCAGAAGGCGGUGCCGAGUACGAAGUCGACCCCAGUGGAUGGGGAUACGCUGCGGCACCUGGGUAUGGCCAAGGAGGGUUACCUCUACCGGGAUAUGGCCAAGGAGGGUUACCUCAACCGGGAUAUUGGCAAGCAGAGGGAGAGGCUCAGCCGGGAUAUUGGCAAGAGGGGGAGGCUGCGCCGGGAGACGAUCAGCCGGGAGAUGUGCAAGAGGGGUAUGAUCAGACGGGAAAUGUGCAAGAGGGGUAUGAUCAGCCGGGAGAUGUGCAAGAGGUAGCUGAUCAGCCGGGAGAUGUGCAAGAGGUAGCUGAUCAGCCGGGAGAUGUGCAAGAGGGGUAUGAUCUGCCGGGAAAUGUGCAAGAGGGGUAUGAUCAGCAGGGGGGGUCUGAAUACAACUAGGACUAUCCAGAAUAUCACUAAGCUGAUAUCGGCUGACGGAAAUGGGAUCGUCUAUCCCUUGACAAGUAUUUUUUCUACGAGAAAGAGUAGCUUCAAUUACUUAUAAAUAUAUACUGACAUCAAAAUUUCUAUUUCUAUUUCAUCUUUUAGCAGGAGAGGCUAAGCCUGAUUUGAUACUGAUAAGUGUACAGCGUUGAGUAUGAAUGACAAUGAAGAGAGUGCCUGUGCCGAAGCUGCAUGGGCGGGCUUGCCGUAGCCUCUUUUCAAAAAAUGUACGUAGAAACAAGUUGGACCGUUAGCAAAAUUAAAUUUUAUCUCCUACUCUUGUUAGUUUGAGCAUAACAAGGAUGAUAACUGUAGCAAGGCUAUGUGAUAGAUAAGGCUCGUUGGGUAACAACCGUGUCAAGGCUAUUUUAAAGUAAGCUUUUUAGGUGAUCGAGUUACAAUCGCAACACGAAGCGUACACGUGAAAUGAGCGCGAUGUACUAUCUCUAUAUCACAGAAUUGUAUUGUCCUGCCGUGAGAGGACUUCUAGGGGAACGACUCGGGGUUUCAAUGAAUGAACAGGCGUAAGUAGUCCACACUUCUCGUGCGAUGCGCUUGUUUAGUGAACCGAUAUGCUAGAGGAAACAAGCGAGGAGGGGUCCCUAUUAACGCGAGUCGAGCACUUCCUUGAAGCCGCAGACGAGGGGAAGACCUCUUCGUCUUUGGACGAACUCGCGACGCCUAGCAUAUUAUCUCGACGGGCCUGAAGAAGGGACAACUUUUUACGUCUGUAGUCUGUGGCUUUCCGACUUACUUAGGGCUCCACUACGUAGCUGAUGUUCGACCUCGAGGCUUUCUCUCCCAGACUCGAAUUUUCAUGGAAUUCACAGGAGGGUUUUGUUUUUGAGCUGCUUCUACAAUGGCCACGAACGGGCAUAACAGAGGCACAUAGAUCCUCGUUACUAUACUUCAUUAUUAUAGAUACAGUCUUUUCUUCCUUAUUACAGCAUUUAUUCAAUAAUCAUUAUUAUUCCCCUGCGUGAUCACCCCUGUGUGUUUGUAAGACCAUUUCGUGCACUUCAGUGUGUUUGUAAUUCUAUGCUCCUUGUUUAGAGUCUGUCAUUCAGGAUGAAUGAGUCGACCCUUAGGAUGGGACUUGGUCUCCUCAAGUAGAAGUCCCUUGGCAAACAUCCAUCUCAAAUCCAUCCAAAGAGUUUGCAAAAGUCACGGAGUUUGCAAAAGUCACGGAGUUUGCAAAAGUCACGUUCUCACUCUUCUGUGAACCAUUCGGCUUAAUGCGCAGGGCUGAGGCAGGAGCCCAUCUGAAUCUGAAUCUGACAAUGUUUGAUAGUAGUCGUAGUUGUUCGUUAAUACUAAAAGUGUAAGGCAACUAAUUUCAUGAACUAUGACCUGAGGACCUCUUUUAGCGUUAGUGAGUUUAUCGCAAAUGGACUGUUCAAUUUUGCUCAGUGGAGGUGUCCGUAUAUUGCAAUCGAUCCGUAGAUCAUGGCCAAGAAGGUGGAAGAGAAUUCUUCUCAUUAUCAAGAACUAUUGCUUUUGUUCCCUUUUUGAAUGUAGGUUCCGCGGCUACAUUAACCACAUAUAGUUGUAGUACGGGUUGUUGUAGCACAACUUUUGACUGCACAGAUCUACUUUGUGCGAGGCUCAUUGUAAUUGUAUAUGUAUUGUAAAUUGGGAUGACUGUGACAGAUGUUUUCCCGAGAACUACCCCAUGUGACACGAGAUCAUGUACAUCCAAAGCAAUUUUUAUCCUGAACUACAAUAGACGAGAGCUGCUGUAUGUUGAGCCUCCUGGCACCUCCCAAAGUAAGACUUCUGAGCCGGGAAGUCGAGGCAUAGAAUGCUAAAUGUCUUUUUCAGUAGACACGAGGAAGAUAUCAAUGUCUAUGUCAUCCGCG